AUGGAGGCCCACCAACACUCUCCAGAUAGCAGCAGUGAGGAGUGCACCGUCCUGGAGGCCCCGCCAGUCAAAAACGCCUGCCCGCUGCAUGCAGGGAAGGUGUCAGACCUCUACUGUUCGGCCUGUGAGUGUCCAGUGUGUGAGGACUGUGUGCCGGACCAUGAAGACCAUGUCAAGGUGCCCCUCAGUCAGGCUUUGGAGGAGCACCGCAGCACCCUGCAGGAGAGGAUGGGAGCCGUUCAGAACAGACUCCCCCAGAUUUCGGACGCCCUGUCCUUCGUUAAAGAAAUCCUCCAGCAGCUGUCCAAUCAGAGAGCUUCCAUCGAAGAGGACAUCCAGUCGAGUUUUGAGGAUCUGCACAAACAGCUGGAUGUGAGGAAGAGCGUUCUGCUGAUGGAGCUGGAGGUCACCUACGGACUCAAACAGAAGGUACUCCAGGCCCAGGUGGACAGCCUCGUUCGGGGAGAGGGGGACCUCGUGUCCACCUGUACCCAGACGGAGGAGGCUCUGGCUGGGGAGGCGUGCGUGGCGAGCCUGCAGAUGGAGCAGGACCUCGGGGAGAGGCUGGGGGAGUUGGCUGGCCUCGGCCUGCCAUGUCAACCGGAGGAGAAUGACCAGCUAGAUCUGGUGAUGGAGACUGACGGGCUGAGGAAGUCCAUACACAACCUGGGGACCAUCGUCACGACAAGUGCCGUGGCGAGCCAGAGCGAGGCCAUGGGUGCAGGCCUGGAGCAGUGCUUUGUGGGACAUCCUGCAUCUGUUACCAUAGUGACAAGAGACAAGUCAGGGGGAGCCUGCAAGAGUGGCAACGCGAUUCUGUCAGCUGAGGUUUUCACCCCAGAUGGCAGCAUAGUGGAUGGUGAAAUAGUGGACCACAAAAACGGGACUUAUGAGUUUGUGUACAUGGUGCCGAAGGAGGGCGACUUCUCAUUGGCUCUGCGUUUAUAUGACCAGCACAUCAAAGGAAGUCCCUUCAAACUGACAGUUGCCAGGGCCUUGGAGGUGUCUCCCUCCACCACCACGGCCACCAACUCAGCAGCCAACGCCACCCCAUCCACAGGCUCCUCCGAGGGGGCGAAGAGACGGGGGAAGUCCCCCGGCCAGAAGAAGAAAGGCUCCAAGAGGGCCAGUAGCGCCCUGGGCACCCCACGACGCAAAACUCAGAACCCCAUCGAGGACGACCUCAUCUUCAGGAUCGGAACAAAGGGGAGGAACAAAGGAGAGUUCACCAACCUUCAAGGAGUGGCUGCCUCCGCCACCGAACGGAUACUGAUCGCGGACAGCAACAAUCAAUGUGUACAGAUUUUCUCCAACCAGGGGGAAUUCAAGAGUCGUUUUGGUGUGCGGGGACGGUCACCGGGACAACUGCAGCGACCCACGGGCGUAGCUGUGCACCCCACCGGUGACAUCAUCAUCGCUGACUAUGACAACAAGUGGGUCAGCAUCUUCUCCCACGAUGGCAAAUUCAAGGCCAAGCUUGGCUCUGGUAGACUGAUGGGACCGAAGGGUGUGACCGUGGACCAGAACGGUCAUGUGAUCGUAGUUGACAACAAGGCAUGCACGGUCUUCAUCUUCCAGCUGACCGGCAAACUCAUCAACAAGUUCGGUAGCCGAGGCAACGGGGACAAGCAAUUUGCAGGUCCACACUUCGCAGCAGUCAACAAGAACAACGAGAUCAUUGUGACUGACUUCCAUAACCACUCUGUCAAGGUUUUCACCCCAGACGGAGAGCUGUUGUUGAAGUUUGGCUCUAAUGGUGAAGGAAAUGGCCAGUUCAAUGCUCCCACUGGUGUCGCUGUGGAUGUUAAUGGAAACAUCAUUGUGGCUGAUUGGGGAAACAGCAGAAUACAGGUGUUUGAUGGCAGUGGCUCCUUCCUCUCCUACAUCAACACAUCAGCAGACCCUCUGUACGGACCCCAGGGGUUGGCCUUGACCUCUGAUGGAAAUGUGGUGGUGGCAGACUCUGGAAACCACUGCUUCAAAGUGUACCGCUACCUACAAUGA